AUUAAUGUUUUAAUUUAGCCACUGGGACCUACGGUCCGAAUGUUGAAAUGGCGUCUAAAGAAUGAGCAUCGACGAGAAUUGAGAUACUUCCAUGAAAUCAUUGAACUUACCAGAAAUAUAGCUAAUUCUUUUGAAAAUGAUGAUAGAUACAGACAAAUAGCUCAUAAUUUACACCAUGAGAAACAGCUCCGCAGGAUCAUCGAUCAUCAUAUCAGGCGUAUCAAUAGGAGUGAUAAUUCUGCUGAUAUUUCUACUACUAUGUUAGAAGUACGUGAGAGAAAGCACUUUUUUGAUGAGCAGUACAAUUUUAUUAAUGUUGCGAUAAGUUAUGGUGAAAUGGAUUUUGUAUAUCCACAACAGCUGUUAAAUAUGUCUUUUGAACGUCAGAGGCUGAUAUUUAAAAAUAUCCAUAGAUAUAACUAUUCAGCUCACCAAUUGCCAUCUAACGACCAACUAACUUCUGGUGAAGCUGUGCCUCGUGCUAUGGAAGAAGAAACUUAUUUUGACUUUGAGGAAACAUCUGUUGAUAGCUCUGACAGCGAUUCUGAUAAACUCCCUGUUCUGGUACCAAUUCAAGAAACGGAAUCUGCUAAUAAUGAAACUACUCCUUUACUAUUAUCAAUGGAAGAAAUGCCGCAGGAAGCUGAUGAGGAAAUCCAAAAAACAGAAUCUGAUGAGGAAAUCCAAAAAACAGAAUCUGAUGAGCAAAUCCAAAAAACAGAAUCUGAUGAGGAAAUCCCAAAAAUAGAAUCUGAGAUAACAAUUAUUACUGUUUCAUCGGCCAGUCCAACUCAUCAAUCCACAUUGCAAGAAGUACUGAAGGAAGUAGAAGAAUAUUUAGAAAAGGAAGCAGGAGUCCCAGCUGAAUUGCCGGACAUCGCUAAGCUAAGUGGUGAUCCCGUUGAUCCAUCAGGGCAGCCAUCUCAAGAACAACAAUCGCAACAAGAUGAUGGAGAAGAUUCUAAGGAAAAAACAGAAAAUGGAGUUCAAUGCCCGGUUUUUGAUCCAUCCUUGCUGGCUCCUGGAUGUAGCAAAUGGACAAGGCCUCGCCCAAUUUAA